AUGUCGGACCUCAAAGUCAACCUUACUGCCCCCAACGGCAGGAAGAUCACUCUUCCUACCGGCCUCUUCAUCAACAAUGAAUUCGUCAAGGGCAGUUCAGGACAAAAGGUUACCAGCAUAAAUCCUUCCGACGAAACAGAGAUUUGCUCCGUCGAGGCCGCAUCCGCAGACGAUGUCGAUAAGGCCGUCAAAGCUGCACGAGCCGCCUUCAAUGAUCCUUCCUGGCGAGAACUCGGUGCGACCGAACGUGGCGCCCUCAUGUACAAAUUCGCAGACCUCAUCGAAGCAAACAGAGAAACCCUGGCCACCCUAGAGACAUGGGACAAUGGAAAACCAUACCAAGUCGCCCUCAAUGAAGAUCUAGGCGAGGUCAUCUCGACAAUCAGAUACUAUGCCGGCUGGGCCGACAAGAUCACGGGAAAGACUAUUCCUACAACACCUCAAAAGUUUGCUUAUACCCUUCAACAACCCAUUGGAGUGUGCGGUCAGAUCAUCCCCUGGAACUACCCUCUAGCCAUGGCAGCAUGGAAACUGGGACCAGCCAUUGCCGCUGGCAACACAGUCGUCUUAAAACCCGCCGAACAAACCCCUCUCUCGAUUCUGUACUUCGCAAGCCUCAUCCCAGAAGUCUUCCCUAAAGGUGUGAUCAACAUUGUCAACGGACACGGCAGAGAAGCCGGUCACGCUAUCGCCUCGCACCUUGACAUCGACAAGGUCGCUUUCACUGGCAGCACCAUCACAGGCAAGCAGAUCAUGAAGACCGCCAGUGUCAGCAUGAAGAACAUUACCCUCGAGACUGGUGGAAAGUCACCUCUACUGGUCUUUGACGAUGCCGAUCUCGAUCAAGCCGCCAAGUGGGCACACAUUGGAAUCAUGUCGAACCAGGGUCAGAUCUGCACGGCUACUUCACGUAUAUUGGUCCAAGAGGGCGUCUACGACAAAUUCGUCGAGCUGUUCAAAGAGGUCGUCAAGUCCACGUCGAAAGUCGGAGACCCAUUCUCGGACGACACGUUCCAAGGUCCUCAAGUUACAAAGGCCCAAUACGAGCGCGUGCUCAGCUACAUUGAGAGCGGCAAGUCCGAAGGUGCAGAGCUGGCUUCAGGUGGUGUGCCUCACAAGAACGUUGGUGGCGGUAAAGGUUUCUUCAUUGAACCCACCGUCUUCACGGGCGUCAAGACCGACAUGAAGAUUUAUCGCGAGGAGAUCUUCGGACCAUUCGUGGUCAUCGCCUCGUUCAAGACGGAAGAAGAUGCUCUAAGUAUGGCUAACGACACGACGUACGGUCUUGGAAGCGCUGUGUUCACGACGAACAUUGAGCGUGCCCACCGAGUCGCAGCUAGAAUUGAGGCCGGUAUGGUUUGGAUCAACAGCUCCAACGACUCGGACUUCCGCGUUCCAUUCGGCGGUGUCAAGCAGAGUGGUAUCGGCCGGGAGUUGGGCGAGGCUGGUCUGGCUGCGUAUACCCAGACCAAGGCUGUUCACGUGAACAUGGGGUUGAAGUUGUAA